AUGCGCUCUGAUACAAUACAAACGACCUUUUCACACAGCCGCCUAGCCUUAGUCUGCUCAGUGCUCACCAAACCAGUUUUCUCCUCUCCAAGUCCAAUCCAAGCUUCAUCUCUUUACUCCCUCUGCUUUGGUCUCAUCUCCGUCUACCUCUCGACUCUCUCUCGUUCGAUUGGAGUUGGAGGUGGAAUGGAUACUUUUGAAGGUGUAUCCGAAAGUGCUGAAGGUGGAGUUGGAGUUGGAGAAGUUAGAAACAAUGUGCUUGAUUCAGAUCCAUCAAACAACAACAAUGCAGUUGUAACUCAGACUGGUAAGCGGCGUAGAAAACUCACAUCAGCGGUAUGGACUCCAUUUGAAAUUCUUCCUAUAGAUGACAAUAAUGAGCAAAGAGCAAAGUGUAUGAAAUACGUGCAAGAUGGGUUGAAACACAUUGAUGAUUCUGUGGGGAAAAUUAGGGAAAGCAUUAAGUAUGUUAGAGGUUCACAAGGGAGGAAACAGAAAUUCCUAGAUUGUGCUGCACAAGUUUCUUUAGAAUCAAAUCUGUAUUUUCCUCAAGUUUUUGUGGUAGAAGAUACUUUGAGAAAGGCAAAGGUUGAUUCAGAUAGUUUCAUGAAAUCUAUGGCAACUCAAAUGAUGGAAAAGUUCGAUAAGUAUUGGAAAGAGUAUAGUUUGAUCCUUGCAAUUGCUGUAAUAUUGGAUCCUAGAUACAAAAUUCAGUUUGUGGAAUUUUGUUAUAAAAGGUUGUAUGGUUACAACUCCGAAGAAAUGACUAAAGUUCGUGAUUUGUUGUUUUCUCUCUUUGAUUUAUAUUUUCGGAUAUAUUCUUCUUCUGAAUAUGUUUCUGGUACUUCAAGUGCCUCAAAUGGUGCUCGUUCUCAUGUUGAUGACAUGGUUUCUAAAGAAUGCUUGGAUGUUAUGAAGAAAUUUGAUAACUUUGAAAGUGAAGAGUUUACCACUUCUACCCAAAAGACUCAGUUACAAUUGUAUUUGGAUGAGACCAAAAUUGAUAGGAAGACAAAGUUGAAUGUUCUUGUUUUUUGGAAAGUGAACCAAUUUCGAUAUCCUGAGCUAUCAAUUUUGGCACGUGAUUUAUUGUCUAUUCCAAUAUCCACAGUUGCAUCUGAGUUAGCAUUUAGUGUUGGUGGUAGAGUGCUUGAUCAAUAUCGUAGUGCUCUUAAGCCUGAAAAUGUUGAGGCACUAGUUUGUACACGUGAUUGGAUAUUUGGCGAAGACAAUUCUACUUUAGCACCCAACCUAGAAGAAUUGACUGAGAAUAUUAGCAAGAUGGAAAUAAAUGCUACAGAUUCUGCAAAGGGCUCUAAUACAGUCACUGUUGGUGGACAGAGUUGA